AUGGCCACCAUCCCGAAUCUCGUCUACGUGAUCGGUUGUCCUGGAGCAGGCAAGGGUAAUCUCUGCUCCAAAGUAGCGCCAGAGUUGGGCUGGGCACACUUGUCUGUCGGUGAUGAGCUCCGAAGAUAUGUCAAGACUCAUUCUGGAGACACAGCAAUCGCAGACUGUGUACAACAAACGAAGCUGGUACCUGUGGAGAAGUUAGCAGAGAUAAUGGAGCGACUCCUACGAGCUUUCAAGAAUAAAGGCUAUCAUGCUGUUAUCCUUGAUGGGUUUCCUCGACGAGCUGAUCAGAUCGCACUCUUCGAUAGUAAAUUUGGUACUCCCAGCCACGUCUUCUUCAUGGACUGUCCAGAAGAACUUGCAAAACAACGAGUACUGGAGCGGCAAGUGCUCGGCCGGAUGGACACUGCAGAGGUCUUUGAAAGACGACAUGCUGAGUUCUGCACGAACAACCCAGAGAUUGUGCGGCACUACGAAGCUCAGGAGAAGCUGAUCAAGAUUGACACCACUCGCCCAAUUGAGGUAUCAUAUUCCGAGAUAUUCGCUGUGCUGAGCAGGCUAUCACUGUUUAGGAAUGUCACAUCAGUCUAUCUCAUUGGUGUCUCUGCAACUGGAAAGACGACCUUGACAGGAGACUUGGCCAAGCAUUUUCAAGAGCACGAGCCCGAAAGACGUGUUGCUAUCAUCUCUGAAGUAGCUCGAGAACUCGUCUUAUCAUCAGGAGUCAAACCCGAACAAAUUCGAGCAGGCGAAGAGAAUGCUAUGAAGUUGCAGAAGCAAAUCCUGGAAACACAACUAGAGAGAGAAAACGAGGCAAGGACGAAAGCGGAUCUCAUUUUGUCGGACCGAUUCGGAAUUGAUCCAGUAGUGUUUGCGAUGAAGUAUGGCAGUGAACAGAAGAGUCGAGCUCUGUUGGAUUCAGAUGCGUGGAAGGUUUUGCGAGAACGAAUGACAAGAAGCCUGGUCAUUCUCUGUGAGCCAGUAAUGGAGUGGUUCGCCGAAGAUUUAGUUCGUGUUGUCCCGGAAUCUUCGAAAGAGGUGUAUGAAGUUCAUGACACCUUUUGUGAAAUCCUGCAAGCACAAGGGAUAUCUUUCAUGCUGCUAAAGAGGUCGAUCUUGGAAAGGCAGGAGCGCGUCGAUCUUGUGUUGAAGUUCUUGCAAAUGGAAGAACCACAUGCUCCGAAGACAGCUGCUCUGUUAUGA